GACGCCUUUCCGAGAGAUGUCGCCGAUGACUCCCCCUGAAAUAUUCAUGUCAGCGCACCCGAAGAAGGCCGAUCCAUAAGCGGUGCGAAAAAACGACAAAGAUUCAUCCUCAGCCUCCAUGAAAUAUUGAUGGCCAGGCAUUCAAAGGUUUCUGGAAGAGUUUUAGUUCUGACACACAUGGUGGUCAAAGUAUUUUCUGAGAGGAAAGAGGUGGCUGUUAUGAUGACCGAGGGGCAGGUGAACGAACUUCUUCAGCGAUGGAGAGAUACUCCUGAAGAGGAGCUGACUCAAGAAGACCGGCAGAACUUUAAGGACCUGGCAUGUGCGUGUCUCGCUCAGGAAGACAGCUACAGUUUGCUGACGUUCCUUCAAGAUGACAAAAAUCAGAUGGUGGUGAAGUCCAUGGGCUGUGUUCUCCUGGCACCUCUUGUGAAAGAAUUGCUGAACACCAGGAAGACUUCUGAACACGUCCAAGCAGCAAUCUUACAUAUUACCACGACCUGCAGACCAGAUGAAGUUCUCCAGAACUUGCUGAACAUCGUGGAAGAUUCUGAUCCAGAGACCAUAGUGGUAGUGGUUCCACAUCUUCAGACAGGGCUGCUGAGGCUGAAGGAGAAUCAGGCGUCCUCGCUGGGCUCUGCGCUGACGGUCCUCCACAAGCAACUCAGCCGGCUGCCAGUACCGUACACCGAAAAGCAGGAAGAAGACGAUCUGAUGGGACUGGGUCGCAGCUGCCAUGCCUUGUCCGUCUUAACCAAGACUUUCACGGAGGCAGUGAGGAACAACGGAGGACAAGAGUGCCGAGAGAUGAAGACAGAACUGCUCAACUUCUGCAUGAAAAGCCUCAGAGAACCUUUACUGGAAGCUCUCCUGACUCCAGGGAGAAGAACGUCACACAUGUGGCUCUUUGCGGUCCACAUAAUGGAUACUUUAGCUGCCAUUCAAGAGUCGGUGGCAGAAAUCCUGUUCUUCAGCACAAUGGGGAAGAACAUCCAGAUGGAAAAAAAACAGCUAGACGAGUCCAAAGGCUGCCUGGCGUAUCUCGUAUUUGUCAAGUUGCUGGAUGCAGAACGGUUCCCUGUCGUGUUCAGCCCAGAAUUCGUCCUCUGGAACAACGUGAAAUAUGUUCAUCAGCUGCUCAGUAGCAAAAAGGAGUCACACGUACUCAAAGGACUGGUAAGGUUGAAAAAGAAGACAUGUAAAGGUAAUGUUGGGUUUAACUGUAUGGCUUUUCCCCCCUCACAGGCACUGUUUGAAAAAAGCCUGCAGAAAGUGCAAGAUAAUAGCCUGCCAGCAACUUUGCUGGCUGUGAAAAGCUUUUAUGACGUAAAGCAGAGCCUGCUGCAAGUUCUGACCGACUGUCCUAUGAAACAUCUGAGAGAAAGUGGGCUGAAGGUCCUCCAGCUCCUCAUUAAUAAACAAGACACCGAAGCAAAGCACAAACUCUUCAGAUGCUUGCUAAAAACCAGCAAUCAUCCAGGAGUGGAAGGUUACAUUGUGAAGAACAUUAGAAAUCAAGUCGAAUUCUCCAUGGCGCCAGGCAACGCCACCAGUUGGUUCCUGGGGUCGGAAUUUGUGCCGCUUUUGGGCCUGGUGUUGAGUUUGCCGCAGGGUGCAGAGACUGACAUUCUUCACAACAUGGACAAAAUCAUGGAGAGUUUGAACCUUUUGCGCUACCUUCUCAUCCGAAACAACCGACUGAGAAACGACUCAGACGUAUGGGAAAGCGUGAGCAGGAUGAAGGAUGAAUACACCAGAACGCUGCAUGUGUGCAUCAGCAUGUCAAGAGCUUAUUACACGUCUCAACUGAGCGAACUAAGAGAUGAACACAAGCUCAAAGCCAGAGCGGCCAGAGCGUCAAAGUGCACUAACACAUGCUUUCAAAGUGAAACAGUCAAACAGAAAAAGUUAUCCAAAAUGUCACCGGACGUGCAACACCAGGUUGUGCAGUGCGCGCUAGUAACCUUCGACUUAAUGGAGAGCCUCAUUGUGCGCGUAGAAGAGAUCUCGGAGGAAAAGAACUCCCACCGGGUCGACACAAGUGCUUUGUAUCCAUGAACAAUAAAGUUUUACAUGUUUGUCAUUCACUCUGGUGCUUUAGUGAGCUUUUUGUACAUCUCCAACACGGGGCUUAUAUCGAGAAUCUCCGACCGAAUGGUAGCCAUUCUGUUCAAAAUGCAAUCCACGUGAGGCUUGGUCGUAGCCUGCGGACAAAAAAAAGGCAAUAUGUAUUUCCUUUGACUUUACAUGAUAGCAUGUGAGAUACACCAUUUGUUGAUUAUUAUCCCGAACGAUAGUUGCCAGCCAUCCCAUUCAAAAUUGGAUGCUGAUCAGGCCCGAUUUCCGAUCACCUGAAUGGACCUUGGACAUCUCCAAUAUGUAAUUGGGGGGGGGGGGGGGUGAUGGGAAUAAAGAGUUGUAGACUUACCUUUGC